GGUAAUUAUAGUGUCAUUGUAUUAUACUGCUAUGGUAAUUAUAGUGUCAUUGUAUUAUACUGCUGUGGUAAUUAUAGUGUCAUUGUAUUAUACUGCUAUGGUAAUUAUAGUGUCGUUGUAUUAUACUGCUGUGGUAAUUAUAGUGUCGUUGUAUUAUACUGCUGUGGUAAUUAUAGUGUCAUUGUAUUAUACUGCUAUGGUAAUUAUAGUGUCGUUGUAUUAUACUGCUGUGGUAAUUAUAGUGUCGUUGUGUUAUACUGCUGUGGUAAUUAUAGUGUCAUUGUAUUUAUACUGCUAUGGUAAUUAUAGUGUCACUAUAUUAUACUGCUAUGGUAAUUAUAGUGUCAUUGUAUUAUACUGCUAAAGUAAUUAUAGUGUCAUUGUAUUUAUACUGCUGUGGUAAUUAUAGUGUCAUUGUAUUAUACUGCUAUGGUAAUUAUAGUGUCGUUGUAUUUAUACUGCUGUGGUAAUUAUAGUGUCAUUGUAUUGUACUGCUAUAGUAAUUUUAGUGUCAUUGUAUUUAUACUGCUAUGGUAAUUAUAGUGUCAUUGUAUUAUACUGCUAUGGUAAUUAUUGUGUCAUUGCAUUAUACUGCUAUGGUAAUUAUAGUGUCAUUGUAUUUAUACUGCUAUGGUAAUUAUAGUGUCAUUGCAUUAUACUGCUAUAGUAAUUAUAGUGUCAUUGUAUUUAUACUACUAUGGUAAUUAUAGUGUAAUUGUAUCAUACUGCUAUGGUAAUUAUAGUGUCGUUGUAUUAUACUGUUAUGGUAAUUAUAGUGUUAUUGUAUUUAUACUGUUAUGGUAAUUAUAGUGUCAUUGUAUUAUACUGCUAUGGUAAUUAUAGUGUGAUUGUAUUUAUGCUGCUAUGGUAAUUAUAGUGUCAUUGUAUUAUACUGUUAUGGUAUUAUAGUGUUAUUGUAUUAUACUGCUAUGGUAAUUAUAGUGUCAUUGUAUUAUACUGCUAUGGUAGUUAUAGUGUUAUUGUGUUUAUACUGCUAUGGUAAUUAUAGUGUCAUUGUAUUUAUACAGCUGUGGUAAUUGCAGUGCUCAUUUAUGCAUAAUGCUAUGGUAACUGUUGUGUCAUUGUAUUAUACUGCUAUGGUAUUUUUAGUGUCAUUGUAUUAUACUGCUAUGGUAAUUUUAGUGUCUUAGAAUUCAUAAAUACUGCUGUGUUAAUUGUAGUGUCAUUUUAUGCAUACUGCUAUUGUAAUUAUAGUGUCAUUGUGUUUAUACUGCUAUUGUAAUUAUAGUGUCAUUGUAUUUAUAGUGCUGUGGUAAUUGUAGUGUUAUUGUAUUUAUAGUGCUGUGGUAAUUGUAGUGUCAUUGUAUUUUAUAAUUCUAUGGUAAUUGUAGUGUUAUUGUAUUUAUACAGCUAUGGUAAUUAUAGUGCCAUUGAAUUUUAUGCAGCUAUUCUAUUACUUUGGAAUGAUUUGUUUUGAUUUGUAAACCUAAUAUAUAUAUUAAACAACUAUAUUUACGUCUACUGCAUGACGUACAGGUCCCGAUGUAACACCCGUGUAACAGAUGCCUCACAUAUGUUUGGCGGACUACCGAUGGAAGGGAGAUAACCGGAGAAGUGGAGAAAAUGUAAAAUCUUGAUGGUGAGAUCCUAUGCUUAGCAGUUGCUGAUACAGAGAGAAGGUUAAUAAUGUAGACUGGGCAGAUGUUGUGGACCAGGGCGCAAUGCUUUACCACAUUAUCUGGAAUGAGAAACGAAGUUGUAAAACGCCCGAUUGAACUGACUUGAUGAUGUUGUUUUUGAAGAAGUAGAUGGUAUGUCAUAAUUGACUCUGUGACGUCAGAUGUCUUCAUUUUACUUUACGAUGACAAGAUCAAGAAGAAAUGGAUGCUCUCAAUCUUCUUCAAGAUUGCAAGGAUUCAAGAUGUCAGUAAUGGUCAGUCUUCUAACAGUACUUGUCUGCACUGCCAGUGCCCUACCGUUUCAACAAGGCAUUGUCAUGACACGUGACUUCUGGAGCCAUCUUAAACACGAAGUAGAAAAUGUCGCACACCAGGUCGGACACGCUGUCGAGGGAGCUGUUGUUGCUAAUCUCGCCAAUUCUGCCUCUGCCAUUCUUGGUCGAAAACGUGAUGUCAACGAUGAAAAGCGAGAUUUCUGGAGCCAUCUUAAACACGAAGUAGAAAAUGCCGCACACCAGGUCGGACACGCUGUCGAGGGAGCUGUCGUUGCUAAUCUCGCCAAUUCUGCCUCCGCCAUUCUUGGUCGAAAACGUGAUGUCAACGAUGAAAAGCGAGACUUCUGGAGCCAUCUUAAACACGAAGUAGAAAAUGUCGCACACCAGGUCGGACACGCUGUCGAGGGAGCUGUCGUUGCUAAUCUCGCCAAUUCUGCCUCCGCCAUUCUUGGUCGAAAACGUGAUGUCAACGAUGAAAAGCGAGACUUCUGGAGCCAUCUUAAACACGAAGUAGAAAAUGUCGCACACCAGGUCGGACACGCUGUCGAGGGAGCUGUCGUUGCUAAUCUCGCCAAUUCUGCCUCCGCCAUUCUUGGUCGAAAACGUGAUGUCAACGAUGAAAAGCGAGACUUCUGGAGCCAUCUUAAACACGAAGUAGAAAAUGUCGCACACCAGGUCGGACACGCUGUCGAGGGAGCUGUCGUUGCUAAUCUCGCCAAUUCUGCCUCCGCCAUUCUUGGUCGAAAACGUGCCAACGAUGAAAAGCGAGACUUCUGCCAUUCACGAAGUUGUCGCACACCAGGUCGGAAAGGGAGCUGUCGUUGCUAUCUCGCCAAUCAACGAUGUCAACGAUGA